GUGAGUCUAUGUCAAUGUGUCUGUCCUUCACUCCUCCAUUGUCUGCCGCCGCCGCCGCUGCCGCCGCCGCCGCCGCCGCUCCGCCAGGAAGCACCGUAGCCCCCAGCUUCGCGCGUCGUCGCUACCUCCUCGGACAGAAAUUUUAUGAAUAAGCAUCAGAAGCCAGUGCUAACAGGCCAGCGGUUCAAAACUCGGAAAAGGGAUGAAAAAGAGAAAUUCGAACCCACAGUCUUCAGGGAUACACUUGUCCAGGGGCUUAAUGAAGCUGGUGAUGACCUUGAAGCUGUAGCCAAAUUUCUGGACUCCACAGGCUCAAGAUUAGAUUAUCGUCGCUAUGCAGACACACUCUUUGACAUCCUGGUGGCUGGCAGUAUGCUGGCCCCUGGAGGAACACGCAUAGAUGACGGUGACAAGACCAAGAUGACCAACCACUGUGUGUUUUCAGCAAAUGAAGAUCACGAAACCAUCCGAAACUAUGCUCAGGUCUUCAAUAAACUCAUCAGGAGAUACAAGUAUUUGGAAAAGGCGUUUGAAGAUGAAAUGAAAAAGCUUCUCCUCUUCCUUAAAGCCUUUUCCGAAACAGAGCAGACAAAGUUGGCGAUGCUGUCCGGGAUCCUGCUGGGUAACGGCACCCUUCCUGCCACCAUCCUCACCAGCCUCUUCACCGACAGCUUAGUCAAAGAAGGCAUUGCAGCCUCAUUUGCUGUCAAGCUUUUUAAAGCCUGGAUGGCAGAAAAAGAUGCCAACUCUGUUACCUCAUCCUUGAGAAAAGCCAACUUGGACAAGAGGCUGCUUGAGCUCUUCCCCGUUAACAGGCAGAGUGUGGAUCAUUUUGCUAAGUACUUCACUGACGCGGGGCUCAAGGAGCUCUCGGAUUUCCUCCGCAUCCAGCAGUCCCUGGGCACCAGGAAGGAGCUGCAGAAGGAGCUCCAAGAGCGGCUGUCGCAGGAAUGCCCGAUCAAGGAGGUGGUGCUUUAUGUCAAAGAAGAAAUGAAGAGGAAUGAUCUCCCUGAAACCGCCGUGAUUGGACUCCUGUGGACCUGUAUAAUGAAUGCUGUGGAGUGGAACAAGAAGGAAGAACUUGUUGCGGAACAAGCUCUUAAGCACCUGAAGCAAUACGCUCCCCUGCUGGCUGUGUUCAGCUCCCAAGGCCAGUCAGAGCUGAUCCUCCUCCAGAAGGUCCAGGAGUACUGUUACGACAACAUCCACUUCAUGAAAGCCUUUCAGAAGAUCGUGGUUCUCUUUUACAAAGCUGAUGUUCUGAGCGAAGAAGCAAUAUUGAAAUGGUAUAAGGAAGCACAUGUUGCCAAAGGCAAAAGUGUUUUUCUUGACCAGAUGAAGAAAUUUGUUGAGUGGUUACAGAAUGCUGAAGAAGAAUCGGAAUCAGAAGGUGAAGAGAAUUAAACAGCUGGACAAGCACAAUAAUAUCUAGAUUACACACCACACUUUUUAAUUAGGUAUGCUGAAACAUUUGGGAAGAGAAACUGGGCUUCUGUUUUCACAAAGGAAAAUUAAAUAGGAUAGGCUUCCCUUGUGCAGAGGGGAAAUGGUUUUUGUUUUUGUUUUGUUUUUAAAUGGAGCCCUGAGGCAUCAGCUAUCACACUUGGGACUCUACCUCUCACUCUGUAUUCGCUAAUUUAAAGCCAUUCAACGAGGAGUCCAGUAGGAAUCGAAAUUAAAUACUCAGCAGACUCCUUUUUUAGCUGUAUUUUUCAGGUACUUUGUGGUGAACGCCCACUGGUGUCUAUCACAGGGCCACUUUGGUAGUUGUGUAUCAGCUCGUGUAUGUGAUUUGACAAACCAGUUUUUUAAAAUAAAUGGCUUUUUAAAAAUCUG